UAGCAUAUGAGUUAUAUUUGUGUUUAAAAUUCAAAAUUUACAAGUGCGUUUGUAAUUUCCCUAAAUUCAAAAACAAAAAAUAUACAUAAAUUUAAGGCUCUUUUGUGAUGAGAUGAGCAAAAAUGGUACCAUUUUCGAAUCACAAUGGCCUACCGUUAGAAAAAAGAUAUCCCCAGGAAAUAGAAAUGGUUAAGCCUAUCUUGUUACCUUCGCUUUAUAACAGACAUUCCACAAAUUCAAAAAUCCCUUUGGAGAAGAAGUACCCCAUUGAAUCUGAGCUGGUCCAACCCGUUAAAUUGCCCCAUCUCAGUAAGACAGGCCCGCCGGUGAGCAAAAGCAAGCCGUGGAUGAACAUCGACCGUCCUUCUGAGAAAAAGCAGAAGAAAGAGGAGCCUAGAAGGACCGAAGACAGUAAGUUCGAGAACACGUUGGGUCUAGUCAAGAGAUUCGCCAAAGGUUCUAAGUACAAAUACCAACCCACGAGUAAAAAACCACCCCCCGACAUCGUACCGGCAGUCAUCAGGGACCAGACGGCGAGGAGUAAAGACAUUCCGAGGAAGAACAAGCCCAAGAUGAAUUUCAACCCAGACAACGAACCCACUCCCAAAACCAGCACCAGAAGGUUGACGUUAGUGGAAAGACUGCGACAACGCAUAGACGCCCGGAGAAAAGCCCAGAAAAUAGCUAUGAUGGAGAACGAGUUUUUGACCGGCAAUGACAAACUAGAAGCCGAACCUGUCAAGUCGCCGAAAGAGCACACGAUUGGCACCACGUUGUACACUCCCAAGAAAGAAAAAUCGGUGGAAGCCGUUUCGGAGAUCGAAUCACGGAGCGAGAUCGAACCGAGACGCGCUAUGAGCGAUGAUUACGUAGAACAGCUUCCACUCUCUUGGGAUUUUCUCCACACGAGAAAGGAAACGAUGAAACACACACGCCAGGCUAUUUCUCCCAGGAGAGGGAGGACGGUCACUAAACUGAACAGAACAAUAUCUCCUAGAAGAUGCAGCAAAGACAGGAGCGUUAAAACGUCGUCACCGGAAGCGGAAGUUUUCGAGCCGAGGAGAUGCGAAGUAUCCAGGCCUAAGUCCGCCGGCUACAAGAGGACUCGAGGUUUUUCGCGAGAUAGACCGAAAACGACGAGCUUCACCGAAGUCGUAUCUCCGAGAGAGGUGACCCCCAAAACGCCGCCGCAACAACCGAAAACUGCGAAAACGUACUACGUUGGUUGUAGCAGAGAGCCGAGCGACACGGACAGAGAUUACGAGUCGGAUUUCGAAGAAGACAACAGUAUAAUAAAAAGCCAAAAAACCAACAAAAGCCACAAAAGUGGACGCUCGAGGAAAAGCUACAAUAACAAAUUCUUAUCGGAUUUUGAAAAGAAAAAACCAAAGCCGAAGGCUAAAUCGUAUAGGAACAAAGAAGAGACUGACGUCUCCUCCGGGGGUGCGAAACCGAAGAGCAAAAUCCCUUGGAAUAAACGCAACAACCCGCGAGCCGGCUUCCCUUACAAAAGGAGAAAAUCUUCGGAUUUCGAAGAAAGCUCUGAAAAAAUUCAAAGGCCGAGGAGACAGGUCACAAGGAAAAAGCCCAACACGGUGAUACCAAGCGAUCGGAGGGAAACAGCAGACAGUCGAAACGCAAAAACCGCUAACAAAUUUAAUAGGCAUAGUAACCAAGGCCCCAAAAGGAGUAGUUCUGAUGUUAUUAAAAACCGGCCCGAAUGGGUAAGUUCCAAACGUUUCGAGCCGUUGGCGCCGGCUGAGAGCUUCACGAUCAAAAAUACCCACAAGAGGAAAUUUAAGCAUAUUCAGCCUAGGUACCUCGAGCCGAAGAAGCCGAAACCGACACCGCCGGAGACACCGCCGACACCGCCCAAAAAAAAUCCCAAAUUAAGAACUGUUCAAUCGAGGUAUUUGGAAACUCCCAACUGUCUUAAGAUUACCCACAGCAUAAAAUCCCUCCUGGAGCGGAACGCCGACAGGCUCAAAGGCUGUUUUCCCAAGCAUGUUGUAACGCAUAAAACGAGUUCUCUCCAGAAAAAAAAACUCGAACCGCUGAAACCCAUAAGCCAAUUCCGGCCUCCGAUAAGGAAUAAAGAAAUGCAAAAAGGGACGACUAACGAAAAAAGGGAAAGACAAUCUCUGUCGCCAAAAAAUGCAAAAAGUAAACCAACGCAUUUGAACGUACAACAGAGUUUCGAGAAGCCUCCGGCGAUUGAUUUCUCUCAAGACGUCGUCAACAGAAAAGAUGACAUGAGACGAGUCUUUCCAAAACGUUUGUAUGAUGAUCUGUACACGUCCCGAACUGGGAACAGGGAACUUGGCAACUUGUACAGCAGAGACAGGCAAGCAACAUCAAAAGCGAACAUAUCUAACCGUUUCAAACAGUUCGACCAUCUUCUCGCGUCGACGCAGAAAACCUUCAAAAAGAAAUUCGAGUUUUCUGACUUGUCCGACGCAGAUGAAAAAGACACAAAACAUUUUGAAAACAGUUUUAAAAGCAUUCUUAAAGAGUGCGACGCUAUAAACGAUUUGCUGACGCCUGUCCUCCUUCCUCCACCGAGCGCCAAGAUGGACAGAGCGUUCGGAAAGUAUUUGACUAAUGACAAGCCUAAGUCUGCUUCACAAAACACAGACUACCCAAAUUUUCUCACUUGGAAAACUGAUUUUAUCCAAGAUAAAAAACCUCUGAACACUUUCACCGCCCUCCACGAGACCAAGUUUCCCAAAACGAACGACAACUCUAGCUCUUUUACCAAAGGGCAAUAUUCCGUGGACAGUGAGCUCGCGACAUCUUUCCCGUCUUUGACAAGCACGCCGGAGAAGAGCAAAGAAGUUUUAAGCAACACCGACGACUGUCUAACGCCUGACUGCUACUGCAAGAGGAUCAACACGCUCUCUUCUAUAUCCAUGACGUACGCAGUUUGUCCGACUUCGACCGUCGGUGAUCCCGACAUGCUCUCCCCUAUUUCAUCCCUUCCGGAGUUAACUAAGAAAAAAUCCGAAUCGUCGUUUUCCACUCCUACUUGUUACUGUUCAAGCGCCUAUAAAUCGUCUACGUCUAAUUGCAAUAUGGAAAUGGUACAGAAAGAAAAUUCCCUAAACGAACUCAAGAAAAAAAUAGAAGAGGCUAUCGUGCAGAUAUCGUUAAAGAAACCCAAGAGCAAGCAUCCGAUAAGGCAGAGCCUACCGCCGUUGAGGAAACCUAGCUCUCAUGUCAAAUUUUUGGAAUCGAUAGCGACGAAAACGAGUUCUUCCAUGCAAACUGAAACUCCGCCACCGUUAAUGCCAGGGAAAAGGCAACCCCUCUGUCCGCUUUCUAAAACGACGAACGGCGACUUCCAAAGCUCACAAACGAAAAAGCGCAAUCUUUUCACUUACCCUGUGCAAAUUCCUGAUCCGAUUUUGGAACAGAUAUAUCAGAGCCAGAAUGCUCUGAACGACCAAAUCCGUCUGCCGAAAAAGUUUACUCCCUUGCCUAGUAUAUUCGAUCGAAAUACUUGUAAUUUCUGCCCCGAAUUGAAUAAAAACCUAAACGAGUAUUUAUCCUCUAGCACUUCCUCCACGUCUCUUUCUUCGAUUUCUUCCUUGCCCCUUCCUUGGAACUGUUCCACGAAAAAAUCGAUGUCCCCUAAAGAAUCUAAAAAUUCCAAUCCUUCAAAGAGCAAACAGGAGAAACAAGUCUUCCGUUGUUCUCCACCUUCGUCCCCGUUCGUACGUAAUAUGGCUUCGUCGUUAAAACCUUACUCUAGUUAUACAUCCAGCUCACAAAAAUCGUUCAUAGGCGAUUCCAAGUUUAUAAACAAUCCAUUGAUAGAAUAUUCGUUCCCACCUGCGGAACCCAUUCACUCCAUACUGAAAUCUCCAUUACCCUCGAUACUCAAAACCUCACACACUAAGACCACUCGUAAAUUGAGCGACGUUAAAACGAGGAUGAACUCGCCUGGAAAGAAAGCGCCCAAACUAAAGAACCCGAGGGGGAUUAUCCAACUUCAACCUGAGCAUUCUUCGACAGUCGUGUCAGGCGUGGAUACAUUGAAUACCCUAAGGUCCAUCAGUCUUUCGGGUUUGGACACGGAGAAAUUCAUGUACAGCGGAUCGAGGAAAGUUACGUCUGAAAUUUCCGUGAGAAAAACAAAAGUUUCUUCGAAAAGGACUUCCUCUGGCAGAAUGGAAGAGAGGUUUCCGAAAGAAGUGGAACCAGUGAGACCAGUACUUCUGCCCUCAGUCAGGGCGAAAAAGUUUUCACAGAGUAAACUGUACGUUUCCGGACAACAGCAGAAUACGGACGGUGACAGUACUACUUGUCUAUCCUCGAGCCUCCCGACGUUAUCGUUCAUAACGCAGCACGUCCAGCAGUCGCCGCCUGAUUUCAAACAAGAACAUUCCAGGGAAGAAGAAGGGAAAACGGAAAUGUCUGAAAAAUGCUGCCUCAGCAGGACUCCGAUGACCUCGAGUAUCGAGAUCACCGGUGUCCCGAACGAAAUACCCAAGCCGUCCAUAAACAGAAUUGAGCAAUUUUUACAGAAAACGAGUUUAGCUGGAAGAAAUGAGUCUUCUUUGAUACACAUCCACAAAACAACUGCUGUUAUGAAUGUGCACCACAAUGAAAGAGACCCGUCGGCUGAGUCUUUUCUUGAUUCCUCGACCGCCGGUUCUAUUUCCAUUUGCGACUACUUGCAGGGGGAACAGCUGAGAACGAACAUGCGCGAUGGCGUCGGUCACAGAUUCUUCAGGAAGCCACCUCCGGUCGUAACGGAGCUUAUUGAGAUAAAGUCGGAAUGCCCCCCUGUUGUGUGUGAGCGUUCAAUAUCGGAUAUCUUGCCUCACGCAGCGCCGGCGAAGAUGAACAUCCUUCAACACGGAGACCGUUCAGCUUCGGUUCGCCAAUCCUCGCAAUCUCCGACGAGGAAGGAAAACUUGGAAGCAGGAGAUUCGGUGACCGUCGAGGAUAGUGUGACCCAAUUGGCAGAAACCGAGUCCCUGGCGGCGAUGAGUUCGACGCAGACCGAGAAGCUGUCCGACACGUCGACGACGUCCACCACGUCAUCGAGCCAGUCGGAGUCGACGAACGAGACGCAGACCGAGCCCGAGGCGGAAGAAAGCUCAGAAAAGCCUGCUGCAGCGCCCGAGGUCAUAGUGCAAACGGCCGUGGUCGAAGUGAAGGGCGAAAAGACGGACGUCUCCUGCUCGCAAGUCGAACCGAGCGAAAAGAGCGCCUUGAAAACGGAACAAGUCGACGUCUCGGUUUCCGUCCAGUCGCUCGGCAGCAUUCCUCCUCUUUCGCCGAGCGACGUGAUGAUCGGCGGCUCGCCGAGGAAGAACCGAUCGCUCUCGGACGUACGUCGUGGCGCCUCCCCGCAGAACAGGAGAAACGCCCCUCAGGAAGGCGUCGGCUACUCUUUCUUCAGGGGAGAAUUCGAUCCCCCUGUCAGAAAGCCUAAGAUCGACUCCUGCGUCCAAACCGAAAAGUACCAAAGGCCGAAGAAACAAUGCACUAUGACAUCAGUCGACGUGGUAGACUAGCCAAUACUACGAGGCUGAAAAUAUUGAUACCGACCGAAGUGCACAAUGUCUAACAACAGCAUAAUUAAUCCAAUUACAAUAAAGUUGGUUUCGUUUAGACUAUUUCUUUUCAA